GUUUUAUCUUGUUUUUAAUAACAUAAACUAUAUAGUAAAAUUAACGAAAGCUGUGUUAAACAGUCACAAUUACAUUACAGUGUAUUUCAAAUUCAUUGAUUGUUGUGCUUGCUAUCCGCGCGAAGUGAUUCUUGUGUUAAGAGUUUGUGCUAACUGUGGUCAAGAAUUUGUGUUAAAAAUAUUAAUAAGUUGUUAAGGUUUAAAUUAAAAGCUAUUUAAUUGGUACUUUAAGAAAUAUUACAAGUUUCACAAAACGUAUACGAUUGACAGGAACAUAAUUGGUUGUAUGAUUUUGUUUACUCACAAGGGUUGUUUAUAACCUCACUUAAAUUAAUAUUUACUUAUAGUACGCAUGAUUAGAUACAUAUGUACAAAUUUGUCACGAAAAGUGUGUAGAAUAAAUAUUAAACUUAUAUCUCGUAAUUUGAAAAAAAUGGCGGGUUCUAUUUCGCAAGUGGAGUGUGAUACUAAAAUGGCGGGUGAUGAAGUGCCUUCGAAAAAACUAAAAUUAACUGACAUUGGUCCCUUGAAACGCACUGUCGCGACAAUGUGUGGUGCGUGGAGGCCGGAAGAAGAGGAUGGUGGACUUAUUUUGGUGUUUAGAGACCGGAAACCAUGUUUAAGUCCAGAUCCUGAGAGAGAAUGUGACUAUCCAGAGAAUAUUGAAGACUUUUGGCUGGCGACUUUCCAAAGCGACGAUGAUGAUCAGGGUGAAAAAGACAACGGAAAGAACUGCAUUCUGUCCUGCGAAAAAAGAAAAGCCGACGAUGCGGAUAUAAAUAAGGACUUGAAAAAGGCAAAGCUUGAAACCAAAGCAUUGAAGGCGAAAAGGCCGGGCUUCACAGAUGACCGCUACAACGAGACAUCGUACUAUAUUGAGAAUGGUCUUAGAAAAGUCUAUCCUUACUACUUUACGUUCACCACCUUCACGAAAGGCAGGUGGGUUGGGGAGAAGAUCUUGGACGUGUUUGCGCGGGAGUUUCGAGCUCAUCCCGCUGCGGAGUACGAAAGAUGUAUCAGGGCUGGCACACUCACUGUCAACUACGAGAGAGUCGACCCUGACUAUAGACUCAAACAUAACGACUUACUUGCCAACGUUGUGCACAGGCAUGAGACUCCAGUGCUCGCUAGUCCCUUGCGCAUCAUACACGUGGAUGAGGAGCUACUCGUGCUAGACAAGCCUUGCUCUCUGCCGGUUCACCCGUGUGGAAGAUACCGACACAACACCGUCGUUUUUAUUCUUGCCAAGGAAUAUAAUUUGAAGAAUUUGAGAACAAUUCAUCGGUUGGACAGGCUAACUUCAGGGUUAUUGCUAUUCGGAAGAAGUCCGAAGAAAGCGAGACAGAUGGAACAUCAGAUAAGAAACCGACAAGUGCUGAAGGAAUAUGUCUGCAGAGUAGACGGACAUUUCCCUGACGAGGAAAUAGAAUGUCAGGAACCAAUUGAAGUGGUGAGCUACAAAAUUGGAGUGUGCAAAGUUUCUCCCAAGGGAAAGGAUUGCUCCACAGUUUUCAAACGAUUGGGAUUCAACGCCAAUAACAAUACUAGUGUAGUACUGUGUAAACCAAAAACUGGACGAAUGCAUCAAAUUCGAGUACAUCUCCAAUAUUUAGGCUAUCCAGUUGUCAACGAUCCAUUAUACAACCAUCCAGUAUUUGGACCACUCCGUGGUAAAGGAGGCGAUACUGGUGGCAAAACUGACGAACAGUUAGUCAGAGACCUCAUUGCCAUACACAACGCUGAAAACUGGCUUGGAGUCGACGCCGGCGAUGAUGAUUUAUUAUUUUCGAAGCCAGUAUCUGAUGAUAAAGUGGGCGAAGACGAUUGCGACACGGGACCAACUUCAAGAGAAUCAUCUCCAAGACUUGAAUCUCCUGCACCUGGUCUAACACCAUCUUCUGUUAUGACUCCAACGCUUCCAAGUCCAUCUAGUGGUGCGGAAGCUCCAGUGGACGUGGCUGCGAACUCUCUGUGCACCCUAGCGCCAUCACCGGCCACAUCACCCGCUUUCAAUGACGACUCCAAUGAUGCUAAGUCCGAUAAAGUGACAGUGGCAACUCAGACGGGUUGUGGGGCGGGCACUAGGGCUCCCAGUGCAGCGGCAGUGGCCAGCCUGGGCACUGGCGCAGUGGGCACGGGAGCUGCAGACUCGCUGACAGCUGAUCCACACUGCUACGAGUGUCGAGUGCGUUACCGCGACCCGCGUCCCCGCGACCUUGUCAUGUACCUACACGCCUGGAAGUACAAGGGACCCGGCUGGGAGUACGAAACUGAACUUCCUCAAUGGGCGAACGUUGAUUGGGAAGAGCAAGAGAACUCAUAGUCACAUUGUAAACACCAAAGGCGCAUUCAACAAAGACGCAUGUAAAUCAAAUAAAUCGGAACGAUUUGUUGAGGGUUGAAUUGAUGUAUUGUAAAUGUUAUUUAAUAGCGGUGAAUAUGGGAAACCAGUUUUUUAGUUUAAGAUUUCAAACAAUGUUACUUUUUAAAUGUCACUAACAAUAGAAAUGAGUAACGAUAUUACGAAUGAUGCAAUUGGACUAAAUGAAAAUGAAAUAAUAAAAGAAAGACGAUAUCAAAGAUUAAAAGAGACAAUUUUAUUCUAUUAGAACAACAAAAACCCAUUCUAAUGAGAUACUGAUUGUAACAGUAUCAGUGCUGAUAAGAUUUUGUAAUUAAUGUAAGUCGUAUAUUAAGAGUAUAGGUUACAUUACUUUGAUGUUGCACUUCGAACUUGUUUUAGUAUUUCUGGAUAUCCAUCGGAUUAGUAGCGCUGCUCGAUUGCUCUAUAAUUUAUAGUGUUUACGUUGUCAACAUUCAGUUCCUAUCGGCCUAGAAUUUUUUGUCAAGCUUCUAGAGUAGUGUUAAGGAUAUCUUUAUAAUAAUUGUAAAACUAAUAUCGGUCGUUUAAAAUAGGUAUAUCGCUUAAACGAGGCAGGGUCUGAACAACAAUCAUAAAUAUUCAUUUGAAUCAUAUUUAAUAUUUUCUCAGUGUACGAGAUAGCUAAUCAACCAAAGCACUGAUCUUUAACAAAGUAUUUUUUUUUAAUUUGACAUUACUAAUUAUACCUGUCGUUAAAUCUAAAUUCAUUUUUAAUUUAAAACUUUUUACUGUUGGAAUUAAAAAAAUAAUUGGACCAGAAAUAGGUAAUACAAAAAAAAACAAAGCUAUCUCUGUAUCAAAUGCGUGUACAUUUGAGGCAUAGGAAUUUAAAUGAUAAAUUUCUUAAAUAGUAUUCGACGUUGUUGCUACGUUAUAUUUGGCUUCCAUAGGUCUCGGUAGGAUGUUAAAAGUUUUUUAUAGGCUCUCGAAACUUUUGUACCUACUAGAUAGAGUAUUUUGCUACGACAAAAUUUGCUUUUUUUUGUCUCCUUUAAUUUCCCGCUUCGUCUGAAACAUUCUGGCAAUUCUGAUUUGCAUUUAUCGUUUCAAUUUUGUUUUUUAUUUCAUUUUAAAUCUGUGUUUUCUACCGUAGGUUUCUACUGCCAGAGUACUGAAACUAAAGCAUGUUGUUAAUCUAUUCUUUCAAUAUUCUAUAUGUUUUUAUUUAAGUACUGUUUCAGUGGAAACGCACGGUUAUCGGUGAACUAUGUAACGUUGAAAUAUGGGUGGUCACGUAACACAAUAAAUAACCAAAGUAAUAAUGGAGUCGUUUUCUCCAAAGGCAACUUUUAACAAACUAAGGUGACGGUUUUGAAUCGAUCAAAGCAGCACACUUAAAGACAUGGUAAGGGAUUUUGUUUGUUUUUUUUUUUCAUAUUUCAUAAGUUUUGCGUGUUUUUUUUAGUUGUUAAGAAUUUCCGAACUGUUUAAUUUGGAUUGUUUUUUUUUAAUAUUUUAACUUUGCCAUUUGUAUGUUGAAGCCCCAAAUCAUUAACAUCUAGUGUAUGUAGUAGCAAGUAUUAUAAAAAAAAGACAAUUCUUGUGACACUAAAAUAUUUUCACGAGCUUUUAUAAAAUUAGUUUUAUAUAAAUAUAUAUUUUUCUUACUUAUAGUGUUAGAUAUAGAUUGUGGAUCCGUUGUUCUGUCGUUUUCAGUUUUUGCAAUAGCAAACGUGGUUUGGAGUAAGCAAAAUUAAA